UAUACCGAUGAGGAGGGCCAUACACGUUGGCGCUUUGAUUCACGCCCGGCAGCACCCGAACCCGCUGAAGGAGUAACGCUGACCCGACGGGAGGUGGCAGCCCGUGCUGCUCAGGCAAAUGCUGCUCGUUUAUUUUGGAUCGGCCUCGUCGUAACUCCGGUGGUUUGGGUUGUAUUCCUAUUGGCUUCGAUCUUUACGCUGCAUCUUCGUUGGGCAUUAGUCUGUGGUAUUGCGCUUUGUAUGUCGGGGGUCAAUCUGUACGCCUUCUGCCGCUGUUCCCUGGCGGAUAUGAAUCAAAACGUAUUAUCUAGUCUACAGGCCAAGGUGGCUCGGCAAAUGUUCACCGACUUUUGGUCAAAUCUCACGAAGAAGCCUGCUACCGGUGCUAGCGCUGGCGGAACCAGUUCCUCGGUCGGUAAGACAACCUUGGAAGCC